AUGAAACUAUAUAACCAACAAUUUUCAAUCCUUUCUACUAACUUUAUAUUAAUAUCACGUAACUCAUUAUCACAACAAAUACGAAUGUACCACGAAUGGGAAGAUUCAAUAUUACUUGAUCCAAAAGGUCCAUACAAUAAAGAUUUACCAAAAUAUAAAAGAGCUGAGGCGCCUUUAGCUUGUGAAUUUAAACAAUUAACCAAACUGGAACAAGAUGUUAUAAUGAAUCCUUACGCGGCAAUAAUAGCAUCACCUAUAAGGCGUUGUUUCUAUCAUGAACGAUGGUUUCCAAAUGCAUAUGAUGAGAAAACGAAGUCUACAUGGUUAGUCCCCGAUUUUGAGGAAUACGGAGGUAUUAAACGACCUGGUAAAGGAAGGUGGUUGAAACUUAAUUCUACUGUUAUACAAAAAGCCACAAAAGAAGGGAAAUACAAAUAUAUAGAUCCUCGUGCAUUCUGGAGACCAGAUAUGCAUGAACAUGUUUGGAAUAUUUUAGUUAUGCGAGCUACUGAUAGGUUACAAAGGUUUUUUAAUUCUGUGGCUACAAAAUCAUUUCCUGCCAAACGUGAUCAAGUUUUAUUACAUGUUCUUGAUGGUACCUCACCUAAAAUAACAAAUAACGAUUAUAACUCAGUUCCUAAGAUUAAAAAUGUGAGUUUAAAUGAAGAUAAUGAGGAUGGAAAUCAAAAGUUUUAUAUAGAUAAUGAAAAUGCUAUAGAUGGAUUACAGUGUGAAGAAAUAAAUUCACAAAUAAAACAGAAGCAACAACCUCAAGUAACAUUUUCACAAAUAUCAUUAAAACCUUUUGGGACAAUAUAUCCUGUAACUUUUCUUGGAAAAAACAACAAAAUGUGUACACAAAAUGUACCAUUUUAUAAUGUCCAAUGUAUUUGGGGUGCCAGAGGUGUUGGAAGAUUUAAAGGGUUUUUGAAAAUUCCUAAAAAUGAAAAUCCAAUGUUGGGAAUGAUAACUCACAGACACACUAAACAAUGA